ACUUUCGUGCUUUCGCGCAAGCCCUUGCCGGUAUCUUUCUUUCUUUAGAAUUGAUUUUCUUAGUCCCCCAUGAGGAUCAUUUGCUUUUUUCAGGAUGUGUUUUUAACACGAUUACUUUGAGCGUGUUUUGUGUUUUGUUUGAUUAAUUUUAAUAUUUGGCAUCAUAAGAUAUUUUGGCAUUCUUACUCUGUGCGCCUUUUAUUGCAGUAGAAUAAGAUGUGGGAAGGUUAAUCUGCACCAAUCACAAGCAAGCACGAUGAAAACACACUUCACAAAACAACAUGGCAUCGAAGACAUCGGAGAGGUUUGGGGCUGGGGAAAAACUGAAAGAUAUUAAUAUAACACAAGAUGAGCUAACUAAAUUCUCCAAGGCCUUGAAGGAUGAAGGUUUCCGCAAGCUUUUGGGCGAAUAUGUUGAUGAAAUUCGUGAUCCUGAAAACAGGAAAAGAUAUGAGGAAGAGAUUGCAUUACUGGAACAAGAGCAUGGCAACGAGAUCACCUGGAUCCAUCCGGAGCCAGGCCAUGUGCUCAAGCUGCAGACGUCUUCUGGCGGCAAAGCCUUCAUCAACGUCUGCAGCAACCAGCACGUGGGCGCGCCGAGCUGCACGCGCUCCAGCGGCGCCCAGCAGCGCGGCCUCAACUGGUCGAUCCCGUACGCGCAGUCACGGCCGCGUGAGGACCGCGACAAGGCGGGCGCCGCGUGCACCGUCUACGACGUGGUCUUCCACCCGGACACGCUGUACAUGGCCGGCAAGAACCCGCAGAUGCGCCGCCUGGUCGAGCAGACCGCCGUCGACGCCGUGGACGACACGUUCAAGGCGGGCCUGAAGCGCGACAAGAUCGUCUACCCGAAGCUGCAGUAUAAGGGCGUGCCACAGGCCAGCGUCAUCCGUCGCCGCCGCGCGGGCGCCGGGGACGCCGAGCGCGACGCGCCGCCCGUGCCGGCGGCCGUGGUGGAGCAGCUGCGUCGCCAGGCGGCAGGCAUGACCCUGGACCCGGCGGAGGACGCCGAGCAGACGCCCGCCGCCGGGAAGGAGGACCCUGCAGCUGGAGCACCCGCCACCGCCGGCGACUCGGACAAGCCUGCCGACGCGGACGCCGACGCUGGUUUCGAGACGCCCAAGUACACGGUGGUGUACCGGGAUUCUCUGGACAUGCAGCAGUUCGCGGCCGGCUGCGGCGGCCCGCCGACGCGGCCGCAGGCGCUGGUGGUGCGCGUCCAGCUGCCGCGGCUCACCUCGGCCGCCGGCCUCGACCUGGAUGUGGGCACGCGCACGCUGAAGCUGCGCUCGCCGGCCGGCUACCGGCUGGACGCGGUGCUGCCGCUGCCGGUGCGGGACGCGGCCGGCAGCGCCACCUUCGACCGCGCCGCCCGCUGUCUGGUGGUGACGCUGCCCGUCGAGCCGGCCGACACCGUGCCCGACAGUGGCAUCGACAGUGACUGUGCCAAAAACGAGUCGGACGACGACGCGUAUCGGACUUGGCGGAGAGCCGCGGGGGAGGGAGAGGGAGAGGGUGAGGCGGGCAGUGAGGAGGGUGACUCGGAGCCCGCCGAGCAGGCUGUGAUGGACGCCGAGUCAGAGUCGGGCUCUGACUCGGCCGAGCCGGCGGCGACACCGGCGGCCGAUCGUCUGUACUCGCUGCCACGGUUCACCAUUCACCGUGACCAGACGCGGCUGUACAUCUCCAUCCAGGAGCCGAACGUGGUGUCCGAGUCUGUGCGCGUGGAGCGCGGCGACCGCUGUCUGACGAUGACGGCCUGCUCGCUGGGCGCCGGCCUGACGCCGCUCCACUACCGACUGCACCUGGCGCUGCCGGCGGCCGUGGCCGAGCCGGCCGUGCGCUGCGGACAGGACAGCGUCGAACUGGAGACGGCCACCACUGAGGGCGACUGGACCGGAUGUCACGUCGGCCGGGACGCCACCGAGCUCACCGAGCACCUCAUAUCGUGCAAGUCUGACGAGCCGGAGACCACCUCGUCUGCCACCGAGCCGCCGCGCGAGCCGACCUCCUCUGCAGCAGGUCCUCCGGCGAGCCGUCACGGCAGCGGCGGCAGCAGUCGGCACAGCAGCGGCGGCAGCCGGGCGCGCUGCAGCGCCUCGGCAUCGUCCCUCUGCUCGGUGACAUCGUGCGACGGACUGCUGUCACUCAGCUCCCAGUCCUCCGUCGAUGAGUCACUGCAGAAGAAGGGCAUCCUGAAGAAGCGGCACUGCAGCGAGUCGUCUGCCGACGAGCUGAUGAGCCCAUCAGGCAGCUCGCUGGUCACCGGCUCGCUGGUGACCUUCGACGAGGCAGAGGAGGCCACCAUCAAAAAGUCGGUCAGCUUCAGCAAUCACGUGGUGGAGAAACGCUACAGGACCAACUCGACUAUCCUGCACGACACGGCACGCACGGAGCGUCAGCGCGCCAAGAAGAAGCGCCAGCGCGCGGCGCGCCGCCACAGUGAGGGCGACACCUCCGAGAACGACGAGUUCCGAUCGUCGUCGAUAGAUGACGCUGACGCUGACGGCGAGGAGCCGGCGCUGCCCCGCCAGGUGGCGCGCCGCAACAGCAGCGAUGGCGACACCUCCGAGAACGACGAGUUCCAGUCAUCGGCUACAGAUGGCAGCACCGGCGGCGGACCCGUCUCCCAGAGCCGCAAGGAGAAGAAGAGGAAAAACAAGCGCAAGCAGGACCGCAAACAGAAGGAUAUGCUGAACAAUGAGCUUAUGUUUGACCUGGACAUGUGAUAGGGGAUCCACCUUCGCCAUAUUGGCGGCAGUCGCGUUGUAUGCGGCGAUUUGACCAACUGGGGAACAGGUACACAGUACCUGCAGUUGCUAAGUAGUGGUGCAUUAACUGGUGAAGGGCCCCGCAUGGGAACACUUGUGUGCUGUUAAACAGGAAUAUGUUGGUGUUUUGCAGUUCUCUACUGGUUCGCUUUUUCUUGGGUGAAGAAAAUGGAGCAUUAAGUGAUCAUCAAAAGUCCCAAGAAUGGGACAGCUAUGAACUUGGUCAGUCAAUUGUGCAAAUCUUUGUGAUCAGUUGUAUUUUAGUUCACCAUGUGUAACUUCAAUUACGGCUUUGAAUAUUGCUGAAAGCAUCUACGCUCUGCAAGCAUUUACAGCCUCGUGAUACCUGCUUUUCGCGACGUGAAUCGGCGUUUCAGUCAUUGUUUUCUGUGAAAAUCCCACUAAUCAUGCUGUAUUGUGAUCGCUACCGCUGGAGCACCGUUCUGUUACCGUUAUUUGUUUUGUUUGUUCGGGCUGGAGUCGGUGUUGAACACUGCCUCUGUAAUUUGGAGACGCGUCGAUGUCCUGUGCGUGCUCCGUGCGUGUACCUCGUGGCACUUCGCGUAUUGGACCGGACGCCACUUAAUGUUCUUACUGCACAAUGAGCGCUAACGCACCCGCUACUGUCUGUUGGCACCUACAAAAUCAUUGUUGAUCUCUGUUCAUCGAAUACGCCGACCGCCGGCUCCGGCCAAUAGUGUCGAGCGGCGGAUCGACCCAUGAACUGGCUACAAAGCACCUCAUGUAUAAAAAUAGAAAAAUCGAAAGUACAAAAACAUGUAACGCAACUGUAGUGUGUACGCCGACGCGUCUCUGGCACCCCUGGCGGGCGGUAUGGGGCCGUCGGUGCCGACGAUAGCUCGCCGACGGAGGGGCCGGCCGGCCUGCCGCCGCCCCCGCCCCCGCCCCCGCCCCCGCCCGCCAGCCGCGCCACACGGCCCAUCUGUGUAGGAGUGUGUGCUACCAAAAUCCCGUGAAAGACAAAUAAAAAUCGCAAGAGAUGAC